AUGAAUGAUUCAAUUUAUAAUAUAACAGAACGUAUUGAUGAUAGUUAGAAUGACAAAAGUUAGGAAGAACCAUAAAAUAACUAGUAACAUGACCCAUAACAAUUAUAGAGAAAAAUACUACCUACACAAAUAUAGAUGCUUAUCUAAGAAUAAAUGCCUAUCUAAGAAUAAAUGCCAAUAGGGAACUAGAACUCAAAUUUGAAUAAGAAUUAAGAAAAAUGCAUUCUUAUGGAAAAGGAUCAAUAAAACUUAGAAGAGGAGAGUAUGUAUGAUUAGAAAAUUAUUAAUGAAAUUGAAGAUGAAAUAGAAGAAAUGGAAGAGGAAGAUAAUUUGAAUGAAAACGGAGAUAACUCAUUUUGA